AUGGCGGUCCAGGUCCAGGGCACGGAGCAAAAACAUCCGAGCGUGUCCGAGCUGAAGCUGAGCCCGGCCAGUGAUGCAGAAAGCAUCCAAGCUCGAGUCCUGGAGCUGUUGAUCAAUGGGCUGAUCCCAUGGAUUGCAGACGUGGCGCUGCAGUUCAGCCAAGUUCAGGUUGAAUCGUCUGUGUGCGGUCGCAUCGUGCUGUGCAGUGGGCCUCUGCAACAGAGAUCUGCCAAGGUCAAGGCAAAUCUCGAUUCUUCACCUUUUGUGGCGCCUGUGGUCUUUGACCUUCGCUGCGAACUCGAGUACACGGUCAAAAACGACGGCGGAGAAGCUGAAGCUCAGAAAGUGCCAGUGGAGUUGCGCUUACCGGCCACCACUUUUUUGGUGCCUCAAGCCUUGGGCGAGGACGCUAUGUCAGACUACAUCAGUGAGAACCCUGAGUUGUUGAGUCACCAGACAUCGCAGGCGGUCAGCUUUGAGAAGAGCGUCAGCGACCUGCCGAUGCUGGUUGGAAGGUGUGCAGGCUUGUGCCACUUUCAUGGCAUUCAGCAAGCCUCUGGGCAGGACAUGAAGUUCAUCCUGGUGGCUGCAACACUGCCUGCCACUGCUACUCCAUUGGAGGGCCAAUCAGCAGCUCCCAGCAAUGCACUGGUGAUUUGCCGCUGCGCCGCCUUGGUGAGGGGAUCCACUUUGGAGAUGAGAGUCACAGUGAAGGCAUACCAAAAGGACGUGGCAGAUGAGAUUUGCUCACAACUUGUAACAACUUUCCGAGAGCUCAUUGAAGGACGCCUUGCAUGACAGGCAGCAUUGGAGCAGCCCCAUGCAGACGAAAA